CCGUCCCCGCAGUGACUCGCUCGUGCCUUUGCUCUCCUUCCACGGCACAGAGGCUGGUGUAUCCUUGGGUUCCUCAGCAGUGCACAGCCGCCUGCAAACGUGCCAAUGGAUUCAUUUGAUGGAUGGAGAGGCUGUGACGUGUAGCAGUCAGUGGUAGCCACCCACUGAUAGCCAUUCUCUCUUCUGCCUAAAAUCUGAACGGUGGCUUCCGCCAUCAAAUCCCGUCUCUCGUCGACCCGACAAUCGUGGGCUGCAGGUAAUGCUAGCUGGUCGUGGUAUAUUGCUAGCCAAAUGCGGUGCUGAGAAUAUACCCCCAUGUCAGCUCCAACAUGGGCGCAGAAUGCGAAAAAGGUUUCCAGACCACCACUCCCAAAGUCAGUCAGUAAGCACGCCGUUGCUCGUUGCCCGACUGCCGUGCCUGCCCAGCACCCUGAUUACGAACCGAAUGCUACCUUGGAUCCCUUGGCCCUCGUAGCUUUCGCCUCUCACGGGUUUUCGUUUGUCAAAUGGUGGCGCUCUUCCCUUUGGCCCAUGCCAUUCUCCGCAAUCGGCUAGUGAGGCUAUAGACCUUACCCAUCCAUAAUCCAUUCAUCCUUCCACCGCCGCCAUGGCGGCCACAGCACUGUCCCGCUGUCGGAUAUCCUUGCGGUACCUCGUCUUGCUCCCUUCUUCCAAGGCCCAUGUCUUCACCCCCCGGUCAUGGGCCCAAUUGGGACCCAUUUCCAUGUUUGCCUUGUGCAAGUCUCCAGGAUCAUUGGGACGAGCUCCUUCCAGUCCAGCCCCGCCAGCUCAACAUGCUCAUCAUCUUGCAGCCUGUGCUUUUCAACAGCUGCGUAGCUUUAUAGUCGCUGCUGGCCGCCGCCCUCAGUACGAAGGAAGGUAGCUUUCGCGUGACUGCUCAGGCUUGGAUUCCAACCCGUCGUCCCUCGUCAAAUUGCCAGAAGCUCCAAACCGCUUUGCACUCGUUCAAUCAGCAUAGCAUUCUCUCGCUCAAAAUGCGCAGCUCCAUCUCGUUGCUGGCCAUCAUCGGCUUAGCCGCUGCCACAGUCCCGGAGGACUAUACCUCGCCGCCGCCUGCCUCAUACUCGGUGGUGCCCCCUCCCUCGAGCUCAAGCUCAAGCUCAAGCUCCAGCUCCAGCUCGGCACCACCCGUAUACGACACUGGCUCGGGUUAUCCUGGUCCCUCAAGCACACCAUCGCAGUAUCCUACAUCGCCGACACCAUCAAGCUCUCCUACAUCCUCAUCGUCUUGUGCUGCCAGUACUGUCAUUAGUACUAGCGUUUCGGUUUCCACUGCUUGGAACACAACUACAUUCUGGGACACGACUACCAUCUACAAGAAUGCCACAGUGACAGCAACCGAGACAUCCGUGUCAACAACCACAUGUACCACGACAACAACCACCACGGCUACAGUGUCAGCAACGUCCUAUGUUCCCACAACUGAGAAGCACACGGAGAGGACUACGGAAAAAACAACGACAACUAAGUACAGCACCUCUACGACUAUUUCCACUUCGUAUGUACCUACAAGCUACCCUGUGACCGUCAGCAAGACCAUCACCUCCUGGAAGACAACAUGGUAUCCAGUGUAUAUUACAAAGACGACAAAGAUCCCAUACACAGUCACAAAGACUACCCCGACGACUGUCGUUAUUACCACACCGACCACGAAGACCGCUACAAUAACAACAUCCAUUUCGGGCUCUUUGACGACCAUUACCACCACUUCUGUGACCAGCGUCCCGUACACUACUACGCGCGUGUCAGUUCGCCCAACGACUGUGACUCGAACCACCGUUUCAACUAGAAUCUCUCGCACAACGUCAACGCGCACGAUCACCACCUCCAUAUCUGGGUCACUGACAACUAUCACCCAAACCAGCGUGUAUUCGACUACAUUUACCCAGCCUACCACAGUGACGGAGGUGUCUGUGCGCCCAACAACGGUGACCCAAACUACUAUCUCGACCUCAGUAUCCCGAAUCACGUCAUUAAUCACGACGACUACUUCUAUUUCCGGAUCGUUGACUACUGUUACUUCAACUAGCAUCAGCUUGUCCACUACCAGCUUCCCGGUUACCCAGACCGUCACAUCGGUUUCUGUAUCCAUCUCGACCUCGGUGUCUCUCAGCACAUCGCUCAUCGUCAGCACCACCACAAUUUCUGGAACACCCGUGACAACCACGUCGACAUUAGUGGUGCCCACCACUUUGAGCAUUCCUGUGACCGUUUCUGGUCCAACGCAGACGUCUUUCGUACCGACGACAGUAGUAUCGACAAGCGUGAGCACAAUCUUGAGCACAAUCACGAUUCCUGCAAGCACAGUGACCACGACAACGACAGGCCCUGGAUCCACCCAAGUCAUUACCACGACACUCCCUGCCAGUACAAUCGUGUCAACUAUCCUCUCCACAGUCACCUUCACGACGACGGCGGUCUCCGUCUCCACGCAAUCCAUCUCGCCCACGACGACCCCGUUCCCCUCGGCAGAUUGCCCUUCUGCCUGUCGCAUCGAUGUCACGGCCACUCGUCUGGCAUAUCCCGGUGAAGUCAUUACCUCCACAACUUUCCUCCCCACAGUGACGCUUGACGUGUAUACCGCCGGUGGCAGCACGGUUCGAACGAGCUUGUAUACAGCACCACUUCCGGCGCCCACGGAGCAGGCCAUCACUUGGGACUACGAAGGCGUCCAGCUAACAUGGCCCACCACUUAUGCCGUAUACCGAACUUUCUCGGCGUUCAGCGUGGAAGCUAUCGCCACCGCCUGUGUCACUCGGACGUCUCUACUUGACUUGCCCGAGCCUACGGCUGUUGCCUCGCUAAUCUUGGUUGAGUCCGAAAUCCCCGACCCGGCAUCUGUUCCCCCACCUGUUGUGUCCUAUCUCAAUGCUCAACCUACUGUCGUCCAGCAGCUUGGCCAGCCCCUUGGUGAAGGUGCCUGCGAUCCCAUCCAGGGCUCUGUUCGACCGGGUGGCGCAACGUCGAGCCGGCCAACCACCUAUGUUCAAACCCAAGCCGCGCAGGCCUCGACCCAAACCCGCUUCCUGCCCGCGGUCGAGAGUGCGGUUGAAGGUGGUGAGACCACAAUCGUGGAAACGGACACGCCCGCAGCGCCAUCCCAGGGAACAGUGACGAGUCGUACCACGGCUGCCGGUGACUCCAAUACACCACAGCCCGUCACCGUCAUUGAGACUGCCACCCCAACUGCUAGUGGGCCUGCGGAAGAAGGCCCAACAAGCACCCUACGCACCACGCUUCCGGUAUCUGAUGCAGUAUCCUCGGCUGUAGAACCUGCUUCCUCGUCUUCCCCACCAGAAGAUGUCAGCACAACUUCAAUCAGCUCUUCGCUGUCCGCGCCUCCACCUCCCGCUCCUGUUGGCUCUGCUUCUGGUUCUUCCUCUGCUCCUGUUUACAGCGUCGGCACAACGACGACUGGGGGCAGCGCUUCAGGCACUGGCGUACGUCCACCUACUUCAAGCGGACCAGAGCUGUUCCCAGGCAAGGCAGCCAAGGUGGGCCUGGGUGGUGUUGAGGCCUGGCUUCUAGGCGCUGCAGGUGUCGGCUUGGGCAUGCUAUAA